GGUAGUAGUGGUAUAAAAUAAUAAAUAACCUCUAAAUAAAAUAUUUCUAAAAUGUAUGUAAUGGUUAUGAAAUACUGAGAUGUUGUAUUAAAACUUCCGUUCUAUUCUGGAUAGUAAAAAGCUGCUAUAAUGGAGAAAGUUAUAAAACUUAGUAAAACAAUACGUAACAAUUGGAAAAAAUCAGUAGUUGGUGUAAUUGCUCUGUCUUACGGAGUUAUUAAAGCGAAAGAAAAAUAUGAAAUUAAUAUUUUGAUGCAUGCAGCUUGUAAAGAGGCUGCUAAAUAUGGAGACUCUCUCAUACCCAUGGAUAGAAAUCCUACUUUAGUCACUGUCAUUCUAAACCCAGUAGCAAACAAAAGAAAGGCCAAGAAAGACUUUGAGAAGUACUGUGAGCCUCUUCUUCAUUUAGCUGGUUUACAAGUUGAUGUUGUUCAGACAGCUUCAGAAGGAAAUGCUAAGGAAAUAGCUGAAAAUCUGCGUGGUACUGAAGCUAUUAUAGUUGCCGGUGGAGAUGGAACCUUGUCGGAAACAGUAACAGGUCUUUUACGAAGAAAUGAUGGUGCAAAUCAGUUUCCAGUUGGAAUUCUGCCACUCGGUCGCACAAAUACAUUUGGAAACUCAAUGUUUCCGGAUGGAAAGGGAGUUGACAAAGUCAAGCAGCUCAUUGAGGCUUGCAUGGCUAUCAUUGAAGGCAAUACUGUUUGGAAAGAUGCAAUGAAAAUUGAACCUGUCCCUAAAGAAGAUGAGGAGCCAAACAGACCAAUUUAUGCUUUAUCUUGUUUAGAAUGGGGAGUUUUUAGAGAUGUAUUAUCUAAAAGAGAUAAGUACUGGUUCUGUGGAUCAUUAAGAGAAUAUGCAUCAUUCCUAUUCAAUGGAUAUAAACAAUCUCUGACAUGGAACUGCAGUGGUAUAAUCAAAUACUCACCACCAUGUGCUGGUUGCAGUAACUGUGUACAAAGGAAACAAGAAGUAAAAAGGAAAUGGUUGUUUUUCAUGCCAAGGACAGAAACAGUACAAGAAUAUGAUCAAUCAAAAGUUUUGAACCCUGAAUGUUCAACAUCACAGGAGUUAUGCAUUAAAACAUGUGAAUUCAAAAUAGAAACAAAUAACAUACGAAAUCAGUUCUAUCAACCAUCAUUAAAUAUUAUGCUUGGCAAAAAUGGAUAUUCAUACACAGAGUUUGUGUCAGAAGGUUGGAAUCGCUUAAAGAGGAAGUCAAACAAAUUGGACGUAAUUCCAGCAAGAACUGUCGAGCUGAUUCCUAACGAAACUACAAAUGAAGUCCUGAUUGAGAUAGACAAUGAAGAAUUUGAAUUGAAACCCAUAAAAGUUACAUUAUUACCGAGAACUGUUAAGUUUUUCUGCAAAUCUGAAUUAAAUACUGAUUAGUUU